AGUGAAGCCCUAAACCGAAGCAACGUUUAGCUUACUGCAUCGUCGUUUCAGGACUCAUAACAGUAUCAUGGCGUCCAUGAUAUUCACUGACCCUUCGUCGGCUGCCGCCGUCCACCGCCUCCCCUUUACCCGUUUCAGCAACGGCCUCAAUACCCUUCGCCGGUUUGUGGGUCCACUUCAUGUUUCCUCACCCACCCCUACCCUUCCUCGAACCCUCUCCGUCCACUCUCCUCGUUCUUCCCGUUUCGUCACCGCUUCAAUGGCUAUAGAAUCAUCUGCUAAGGUGAUCGAUGGGAAAGCGGUGGCAAAGCAAAUGAGAGAAGAGAUAAGCGCAGAAGUGUCGAAACUGAAGGAAACAAUUGGAGUUGUUCCUGGAUUAGCAGUUAUUCUAGUCGGGGAUAGGAAGGACUCUGCUACUUACGUGCGGAACAAGAAGAAAGCUUGUGAAUCUGUAGGGAUUAAUUCCUUUGAAGUGCAUUUACCUGAUGAUGCUUCUGAGGAAGAAGUUCUCAAGUUCAUCUCUGACUUCAAUGGUGAUCCUUCGGUUCAUGGCAUCCUUGUUCAGUUGCCUCUACCUUCUCACAUGAAUGAGCAGAACAUCUUAAAUGCUGUUACGAUUGAGAAAGAUGUGGAUGGCUUCCACCCAUUGAACAUUGGUCGUCUUGCCAUGCGCGGUAGAGAACCCUUGUUUGUUCCAUGUACUCCUAAAGGUUGCAUAGAGCUAUUGCAUAGAUACGGUGUUGAUAUUAAAGGAAAGAGGGCUGUUGUUAUUGGCCGGAGUAAUAUCGUUGGGAUGCCAGCUGCUCUGUUACUACAAAGGGAAGAUGCUACUGUAACUAUUGUCCAUUCAAGAACCAAGAAUCCCGAGGAAAUUACAAGGCAAGCAGAUAUCAUAAUAUCUGCCGUGGGGCAACCAAAUAUGGUGAGAGGUAGCUGGAUAAAGCCUGGUGCUGUUAUUGUUGAUGUUGGAAUAAAUCCAGUUGAGGAUGCAAGUAGUCCACGAGGAUACCGGUUAGUCGGAGAUGUUUGUUAUGAUGAGGCCUGCAAGGUUGCUGCAGCUGUUACUCCGGUUCCAGGGGGAGUCGGUCCAAUGACAAUAGCAAUGCUUCUUUCAAACACUCUAAGUUCAGCGAAAAGGGCAUUCGACAUCAAGUGAGAAUUCUAUACAUUUGACCAAGCUGCACUUGUGGCAACACAUCCUUUGCAAAUAAGGAACUUCAUACAAAUGUUAUUUUAGUGGCACUUAUGCUUUGCCGUUACUUAACAUAUCAUUCAGUGUAGAAUUGGGGCUUUGAGAAUUAGGGUCAAAGCUUCAGAUGAAGCUGGUUCUCGGCUAGCAUUGUGAUAAACUAGCUUUUCCAUGCAAUGCUCUCCAAGCAAAGAUGAAUCCUUUUGAUGAAAUACCGGGUCAAAUGUAAUAAGCUUAAUGUUGGCAACAACCAAACGACAAAAUCUAGUUGGUUGUUAAAAGGAGAGCUGGGAUAAUUGCUAUUGCGUAUUGGUUUUUGUAAGAGGUUUCGGUUGUUUGUUUAGCCCAAGUUUUUUA